ACCCGCCGCGAUGAAACCCCCUUGACUUCUGGGAACCGCUAUGGCAGCAGGGAAGAAGAGAAUGAAGAUCCCAAUGACCUUCCUUCCAAUGAAGGGGAGGAUGACGAGGAGUACUCCGAUGAAGACGCGGAGCUUGCAGCUAUGGAUGAAGAAGAUGACGGCCUUUUGGGGAUAUCUGGUAAUCCGCUCACACCGCGCAUAACAUCCCAGAUUAUCAGGUAUUUACUUCAGCGCGGAGGUGGGCGAACUUGGUAUCUUGAACCUGGGGGAGCCACGGAUCCUGAUGAUGAGUGCGAAGAAGAACGGCCCACGGCGGUUGGGUCUCGAAGAUGGUUCCCUCAAGUCACGGUGCCCUCGAAAGUUGGACAACGACUCCUGGCUGGUGGUGAAUUCGGUAGAUUGGGACCAUACCUCCGAAGUAGGGAGUCAUCCAAUGCAUCUCUAGCUAAGAGAGUUAGAGAUAUGCGGACAUCACCAGGUCGUUUCGUAAGGGAGGACCUUUCGCGGGAUUUAAUCCCCAAUACAUCUGGUACAAUCGCGGCUCGGUACGAAGCCAAUCCGUAUUGUGGCCAGUACUCUUCCGAUUCAUCUUUUUAUUACACAUGCGUUCAAGACUUCCGCCUGCACAUUUAUGAUGCCACUCACCCCCCAUCGCUUGCGGUGUCUGGAGAUCAGUCCGAGGAUGAGACAACAAUGAAGGAGACUAAGACCAUCAACGCAGUGCCAGGAAAUUGGACUAUAACCGACUCACACCUAUCACCCGACAACGAGAGAAUGAUUUAUUCCAGUAUCACAACAACAGUCCACAUGACUAGGACUCGAGAUUCCAGUAAUGAACAAAUACCGAUCCCUCUCGCCGAUGAGUUCAGACGGGGCGUGAGAGGAUAUGUGCCAGAUUUUGGGAUCUACUCCUGUAGGUUCUCCGCUGAUGGAAACGAAAUUAUUGCAGGGGGAAGUGGGAGUAUAUUUGAUGAAAUUGAACUGAACGAGAUCGGAAAUGCAGUGUAUGAUUUGCAGGGAAUGCGGAGAACGGUGCGUAUUUCCGCACACAAAGAGGACGUGAACAGCUGUUGUUGGGCAGACACGGCUAGCGGAAACGUGUUGAUCAGCGCUUCCGAUGACACGUUCCUGAAGGUUUGGUGGGUUGGACGGUUUACUGGUCCGCUUCGGGGUUCCAUCGGACUGAUUUAGGGUCUUCCGCUCAGGGAUCGCCGUUCUCUAGAAGCGCACGCAAACCCAGCUGGCGUUCUCGUCGGCCACACGGAAGGUAUUACAUAUGUAUCCCCUAAAGGGGAUGGACGAUAUGUUGUCUCAAAUGGUAAAGAUCAAACAAUGAGGCUAUGG